UGGAGGAGGUGUGCCUUUGCCUGUCAAGCCCCUAACCUUGACAUUAUCCUCAUCCCUCAUUUUCCAUCUCACGUCACACCCUCUGCAAAAUUUCCAGGAUCCAACUCUUCUUCUCCAUCCAAACUGCGGCCUCGCUGGCUCAGGCCCUUCAUAGAUCUUGACUUGACAACCGCAACGGCCUCCGUGCCGCUCUCCCCGCCUCCAGGCUCUUCCCUUCUCCAGUUUAUACUUCCCUCUGCCGCCCGGAUCGUAUAUCUAAAGCAUCAUUCGGCCUGUCUCUCCCCAUUCCUCCAAGACCUCCAGUGAUUGUCCAUUCCUCCCCACGACGAGAGGAAGUCCUGACCUUCCAUUUUAAGGCGCUCAAUCAGCUCUCCCCCUCCCACUUACCCCACUCCUUUUCCCCUGUACACCUCACCUUGUACGCGUCUUCCAGUGCCUUUUUCUCAACACUUUCUGCCCCUGAUCUCUUUAGCUCUCAUGGUUUCCUUUUAGAAAGAGUUGUGUGAAUUUGUAUUUGAAGUUGAUAGAAAACUAAUUAAUCUUCUUGCGGACAAGGAGUUAAAUUGCUCUACUUGGUCUUUGAUUAAAGGUCGAAAAGGAUUAUUUGCUUCAGUGAAAGUGGUAUUUGCGAGAUGGGGAUGAGUAAAUGCUUUGAGAUGCGAAAUGAAUGAUUAUUUUUGUCCUCACAGACUUUCGAGAGUGUCAAGGGCAAAGGGAAAAGCAGCCCCUAAAAACAUUGAACUUUGUUUAGAGUCAUCUAAAUCCACUUCUCAAAGAGGGUCUGUCUGCAAAAACUGCCUAGCGUGGUACCCUGCAAACUUUUAACAGAAGUAUUUAUCUCCGCCCGUACCAGUUGCAUUUUGAGCUAGAAGCACACUCUGUUGCUUUUUUGUAGGUUCUCGUAAACAUUUUGACAAAUCGAAUUCUAGAAAUGCUCAAGUAGCAUGUUGUUAUUACUACCUUCGAGACUCCAGUAUUUGAUAUUCAAGAAGUCUGAAAGUAAAAGCCACAAACUCUAGGUGUACCAAGAUAUAGCCACGUUAAAAAAAAUGAUUAAUAUAUACACUAACAGAUGUGGAAAAACAAAUAUCUUCUGAACUCCGAGGGACUAGAAAGCCUGUUUUUCUUUGGCUCAGUUGUAGUUUUUCCUUAAUAAUAUGGUAAAGAAAGCUAAACUAAUAAAAGCAUAAUCUACUCCACAGUGGAAAAAAAAUGACUAAUUAUGCUCAGUUUCUCUGCCAGAUACAAUCAUUGCUGUCAAACUGUGCUUGACUGUGCGAGCUGUCUAUUUUUGGACUUCACGGCCGUGUUGGUGGUUUGCUGUUCGGGCGGGGGGCCCUGGCCGGGAAAGGAUGGAGCUUCCCCGCUUCCGGAAGUGAACGCCUGAGCCGUAGAAUGCCACACGGCGCUGCUCUCGGUUGAGAGGAGGCCUAAAAGACCUCGGGCCGGUGGGCCCGGCUCUCUGGACAAUGGUGUUCUCCGCCGGACUGGCCCCUUCCCAUCCCGGGGCCCCCAACACGACCUUCGUCGUCUACGAGAAUGCCUAUCUGAACUUUACGACCCCUCCGCCUUUCCUCCACCCAGGCCCGGCCCCUCCCCUGAGACACGGCUCCGAGCCCGUGGCCGCCACCGAGAUGAGGACCCCGGUGAUCAACGGCACCUCCGCCCCGUCGCCGUCCGAGGUCUUUAAGAGCCUGAACCUGCCCCUCCAGGUUCUCCUCUCGGCCCUGAUGGUCUUUAUCCUGCUGGUUUCGUUCCUCGGGAACCUGGUGGUCUGCCUGAUGGUCUACCAGAAGGCGGCCAUGCGCUCCGCGAUUAACAUCCUCCUCGCCAACCUGGCUUUCGCCGACAUGCUCUUGGCCGUGCUGAACAUGCCCUUCGCCCUGGUGACCGUCCUCACGACCAGGUGGAUCUUCGGCGACGCCUUCUGCCGGGUGUCCGCCAUGUUUUUCUGGCUGUUCGUCAUGGAGGGGGUGGCCAUCCUCCUCGUCAUCAGCAUCGACCGGUUCCUCAUCAUCGUCCAGCGGCAGGACAAGCUGAACCCGCACCGGGCCAAGGUCCUCAUCGCCGUCUCCUGGGCGACGUCCUUCUGCGUGGCCUUCCCGCUGGCCGCGGGCAACCCAGACCUCCAGGUGCCGUCCAGGGCCCCGCAGUGCGUCUUCGGCUACACCACGCAACCCGGCUACCGGGCCUACGUGGUCCUGGUGGUCCUGGUGUCCUUCUUCAUCCCCUUCCUGGUGAUGCUCUACUCCUUCCUGGCCAUCCUCAACACCGUCCGCCACAACGCGGUCCGGAUCCACAACUACCCGGACGGCAUUUGCCUCAGCCAGGCCGGGAAGCUCGGCCUCAUGAGUCUGCAGAGGCCUUUCCAGGUGAACAUCGACAUGAGCUUCAAGACGCGGGCCUUCACCACCAUCUUGAUCCUCUUCGCCGUCUUCAUCGUCUGCUGGGCCCCGUUCACGGCGUACAGCCUGGUGGCCACCUUCGACGACCGCUUCUACUCCGGGCGCGACUUUUUCGAGAUCAGCGCCUGGCUCCUCUGGCUCUGCUACCUCAAGUCGGCCCUGAACCCCCUCAUUUACUACUGGAGGAUCAAAAAGUUCCACGACGCCUGCCUAGAUUUAAUGCCGAGAUACUUCAAGUUCUUCCCGCAGCUGCCGGGCCACACGCGGCGAAGGAUCCGCCCGAGCGCCAUCUACGUUUGCGGGGAGCACAGGACGGUGGUCCGGUCUGCGCUUAUCGAGCCAGCCGUCGCAUCGGAUCGUGGGGCUUUUGUUUGCUGCUAAAGGUACGCUUAGUUGUCGGUCUUUUUUCUGGAGGACACUGCUGCUUUUUCCUGCCACGGCAUUGGAGCCAAAAAAGAAAGGGCACAGUCUUCAAAAUAUCUGCCAUUUCAUUUUUAUCAAGACCAUCCAAGGUGGUUUGGACAUUUCGGGAUCUUUAACAUUUACUUUGCACUUUAUGAAACUCACCACCGACCCCCGUUAUCUCGGGGGCCUCGGGGCAGCGAAUGGUUUUAAACGUUUCUGUACGUGGUCCUUUCCCAUCGCGUUUGAGGGGAAGCAACGGCUCCCCGCUCCCCCUUUCACUUGGAUUUCCAUCCGCAUGCUCAGUUUCGUUGGGUUAUCCAAGCACAGUGAGCGGACUCUCCAGGGGCGGGGGUGAAGAACCCAGGGAAAAAAAAAGAAAAAAGAACUGAGGAAAAAAGGGGAAACCCAAGGUCCACGCGCGUUAGGAGAAAAGAAAUUAAAAAGGGAAAACUCAUCCGGACCGAGCUGCUGCGUUCGGCCGUUUUGCGAUUACACGUACGUGCCUAUUGGUAAAUCACUGGAGACUGUAAAAUGGAGGAGGGUUAAACACAGUUCCCCCCAUGGAGGACAGACACCUUAAAACCACAGGUACAGAAUAGAACUUUUGCUAUAGCACUGAGGCCUGAAUUUCAUCAGAAAGGCACCUCUUUGUUAAGGGAAACCAGGCGGCGACAAUGGAAAGGAGGAUUUACUUUAUUUGGAAAAAACCCCCGCACAUCAGACCCCGGUUCUUGCAGAGAACCCACUGGGCUCCAGAAGUCAGUCCUGAUUUAAACAUUAGAGGCCGGUCUGGAUUCAAAGGCAACUGAAAGAAACAAAUGACGGUUCGGUCCACCCGCAUCCCCAAACCAUUAUUGAUUAACCGGAUCAGUCCCGGCUGGUCAGUCGGACACUGGAAUAGGGACAGGCCUUUUGUCCAAGGUGAGAGAGAGGGAGUCUGCCCAAGGCUGAAGUUGGAGAGUUGAGCUAUCGUUAUUAUUAUUUUAAGGAGAUCCAUAUGGUACCUCAGUAUCAGACGGCAUCUUUUCUCUGAAGAGCGAAAGUUUUCGUCCGCUUUCCCUCUCGUAUUCUCAUUACAGUUCCGUGAGGUAAGGAGGGGGCAGAUAUUGUGCCCAAGAGCUGAAAGGGAAAUGAAAGCAAACACUCUGCAGUAUUUUUUCCCUUCCACUUCAUACUUGGUUUCCAGCCUCUGGUACCACGUUACGAGUCGUACGCUCGGUGGUUUGCGGAAUAUCUACAAGGCGUGAUUCCACGCGCCGACCACCCGAGUUGACUCUCUCCUCGAGAAGCUCUCUUGAAAGCUGGCUGGUUUGCAGAUCAUCGUAUAGAUUUAAAGGUUAUCUUUACCUGAUCAUCUACCUCUUCUGUUUAGGCCACUGAUGUCUCUCCGUUAUCUAUCAUGUCAGAGUUUCAUCUCCUUCCCGAUAACAAGUUAGAGAAUUCCUCCUUGGCCAUUGCUAUUGGUGCUGAGACGUGCAUUUAAACACACGCACCUCCUCUCCCCCCGUCCCCCCGAAAAAGCACACCGACUAAACCACAAAUUUGAACCUAUUGCUUUCUAUCAAAUGCGCGGACUGGUUUGAAGCAAGAGUUCGAGUAUUUGUGAAAUUAUAGAAUAAGGACAAUCUGUGAACAUAGUUGUGUGUCAUCCCACUCUGUGAAGAUUCGUACUCAGGGCGUUUUAAAGAACUUUUUUUUUGUCAUAAUCUGUCGUGUCGUUGGCACAAAAUGUUUUUUGAGAGUUCUUUUAAGGAGCAACUUCUAUUGCACUGCAUCCAAUCAAUGCAAAAUUGAAAUUCCGCCAUCCGAGAGAGAGAAAGGGAGGGAACCGUUGUCUUUUCUUCUGUUAAUCCCAAAUGGAUUUGAAAGUGGCACCUAGCAGCAAUGUUAAUACCACUGGAUAAUUUCUCAGUGGAGCAGCCAGGUCAUUUUUAGCACAUAUACAUGUACAUUCCAAGCGCUUAGUACAGUGCUCAGCACAUAGUAAGCGCUCAAUAAAUACUAUUGAAUGAAUGAACCGCUGAAGAUUUUUUAAACUGCAGCUCUCAAAUGGAUUGUCCUCACGACACAAGGCCUUAGAGUAAUCUGGUGUGGAUUUAUUGUUUUGGAGCUAUUGGAUUUUUUUUUCCAGAAAAGAAAAAAAAAAUUAAGUGCUUGUAGGGGAAAGGAAAUGUCUCCUGUAUUUAUCGUGGGAGGGGAAUGUGUCUGUUUAUGGUUAUAUUGUGCUCUCCCAAGUGCUUAGUACAGUGCUCUGCACACAGUA